UAACAAAUUACUCGAAAUUCAUGUAUAUUUAUUAACAUUGUAUUAUACAAUUAAAAGGUAACAAUUUUUAUAAACAGUCCAAAAUAUCGACAUAACUGUGUCUAAAAUUGAUUUCUAUUAUCACCAUGGAAUUGAAAACGACUGUACGGUUCAAUACGUUCUCCAUCGUAACAUGACAAAAUGGUCUAAUAACAAAGUAAAAGCAUUCAACAUGAAAAAUAAAAGGCGUAAUUAAUGAGACUGGUUCUCAGCAUGAUAUAAUGCCAAAGUAUACAUGGUUUAAUUUUCAAUACUUCGUAAUUAUUCUAUUUGCUUGUGGAUAAUUCAGUACAGUUACAGGUAUCAACGAAAUGAAAUCUUUUACCAAGUUUUAGUAAAUGUAUAUACAGACGUGUGAUAGAAGGUAUAACAACAUGAAAACUAUUAUUUGUCAGAAUGAAAGUAAACGAAGUAGGAUCUCCACAAAUUACCUCGAGGGAUCAAAGCAGCAGAUUCGAAAGCCCAAUUUCGUCGAAGUUUAAGCUCAACGCAGCAGGAAAGACGCGUAAGAUCGCGGGCAAAAACCUAACCUCAGUUAUUUUACAACAACGUCAGGCACUCCGUGUGAUAGAGGAUGACGUUGAUGUCACUCCAAAAUUACUAAGCCAUCCAACCUACAGUUCGCUUGACGAGAAACAGAUAACUGCAUUCGAAACAAUCGGAUUAUCCCAGACCGGCAGUGUCGGUACACUGUCCAUCCUUUCCGGUUUAAGCAUUGCAGUGAAAGAAAGUUCCUCUAUGAUCAUCAGAACCUCCUCAGUUCCUUCCGGUUCGAUGACAACGGAUGAUAUUCUGUUUGAAAGUUUAUUAUCCACUCAAACAGAUGAUUUUGAUGAUGAUGAUGAUGAUGAAGAUAAAGUUCCCCCUCAAUUUUAUCUACCUAGGUAAUUUUGGAUACGAGUAUUAUAAUUAGAUAUUAUAAAAUUUUAUAUACAUAGUUCAAAAAGGUGUUUUAAAAACAUUAAAUAGCUAAUUUAUAAUUUAUAAAAUAAGGUAUUUUAAGCAUUUUAAGGCUGUUAUUAGGAUUAUGAUACGUAUUGACUCUUUGGGGACGUAUCUAUUAUUUAAAGAUGUUAAUAAAAAUAUAC